AUGGCGGAUGUCGGCGCAUCAAGAACAGAGAGAGAGCGGCGGCAACCCACAAAUGAAGUGCAAAGUCAACAUUGUGAAUGGAAAUGGGAACGGCAUGCCGAUGGAGCAGCCUUCGCUUGGCCCGAUGGAUCGUCUGAAAGCGCGCCUGCUGUUCGGCCAGCAGCAACCACUACCGACGCAUUCCCAAAUGCCUCCUCCACCACCCCUUACCAGCAGAGCCUUCCCUACCCGACCGCACACAUCAUCCCAAUGAACCAUCAGAUGGCCGUCCAGUACCAGCAGCCCGCUCCUGCUCAAGCCUCCUACCUCCUACCGACG